AUGGACGCGACCUCCGGCACCCCUCCCUACUCCAUUCCACCUACCGCCGCCGCCGCCUCCAUCGUGGCGCCACCCCAUGUGCCAAACCCUAGCGGUGGCGCCGACGCCGGGAACACCGCGGCCCGAGCUAUCUUCGUCCUAUCGCGCCCAACGCUGCACACAAGCGCCGUCAGCGCGCAGGCGGCCGCCGCGCAGGCCCCCGGCAAGGCGCGGCCGCUGCCCAACAGGAAGGUGCCCGCGGCCAAACGCCCGUCGCCCGUGGCGGGUGCCAACAAGCCACCGCCGAAGAAAGGGAUGGCGUCCUCUACUCGGCGCGUGAAGUCUACGCCGCCGGCUCCAUCAAUGAAUCAUCCCCCGCCGUCCGCCGACCCAUCCGCCGCGUCCGCCGACCCAUCCGGCGCGCAUAUGGUGUUCGAUGAAGUGCCGGAGAGAGUCGAUGAGGCGGCUUUCAUGGAGGCAAUGAAUGUUGGAUCUUCAUUUGUGAAUGAUGACAUUGUUGAAGAGAAUGAAUAG